UUACUUCUAGAAAGUUCCUCUGUCAAUUUUCUGAGUCACAGUCUAAUGGAACCUUUUAACUGUAUCUGUCCAAAUGGAUAUAUUGGUCAGUUGUGUGAAUUGGACAUUGAUGAAUGUCAGGCUGCCCCAUGUAGCAGUUAUGGAACCUGUCUGAACUAUCCAGGAAUUUUCUCUUGCCCUUGUCCUGAAGAUAAACCUGGUCCCCUUUGUGGAGCAGAUAGAAGUGAAUGCCAACAAAACCUGUGCCAGAAUGGAUUGACUUGCCUGAAUUUACCUAGAGCCUUUCUAUGUAAAUGUCCUCCAAGUUAUACAGGUAAUUUGUGUCAAACUAUUGUGAACUACUGUGCAAUGUCACAUGGUCACUUGAACCAUGGAUCCUGUGUCAACCUUCCCACUGAAUACAAUUGUAGCUGCCCAUUCGGAACAAGUGGGAAUGAAUGCAAUGGUAGCAGCCUUGGAUUUGAAGAGCUCUCCUACAUGGAACUUCCUUCUCUUGAUCCUACAAACAAUAUCAUUUAUGUGGAACUUGCCACAAUAAGAGAAAAUUCCCUGCUCUUAUAUAACUACGACAACAAAGAAGGUGCAGACGGUGAAUUUCUUGCACUGGAAAUAAUAAAUGGUAAAAUUGAGUUUUCUUAUAAUCUUGGAAGUGGAAUUGUUCAGCUGGUAACUGAUCAAUAUGUAGCAGAUGGAGAGUUUCACAAGAUUUUUGCAACAAGAACGGGGAAGGUUGGAUCCCUGACAGUGGAUAAUUGCACCAAUGAUCAGCCAGCACAGUUCUGCUUUGUAAGCACCCCAGGCAUAGGCACAGAGAGAACUCUGGACCUGGAGAAAAACAGAAUGGUAUUUGGAGGAAUCAAAUUGAUUGAACCCAUACUCCUUCGUCCAGAUCAAGCAAAAUCACAUGACUUCAUCGGUUGCAUUAAGGAGUUUAGACUGAACAAUAUUCCUGUUAAAUUUGCUGAGGCACUGUCUUCAAACAACAUCUUAACCAGUUGUCCUCGUUUGGGAAGAAUAUGUCAAGCCAAAACAUGCCUCAAUGGUGGAAUUUGCCUUGAUCGUUGGUCUUACUACUUAUGCCAAUGCCCAGAAGGUUUUACUGGACCCCACUGUGAAAAAGAUACAGCAAUAAAUUUCAAUGGACAAUUUCAUCUUGAUUAUUUCAUCAAAGAAAGUUAUAAACGUGAUCAACUAUUAAAAAACCACAUAAAGAGAAAACAAAACCAAAAAGAAGAUAAAGACAGCGUGAGCAUUGAAAUACAGUUCAGAACAGACUCAUCAGAAGGAAUUCUGCUUCAUAUACAAGGAAGUAUAAAUUAUACCACAGUCAAGAUUAUGGAGGGGCGGAUAAACUACAUUUCCGAUGCUAGCUCAGUCGGCUACAUUAAGCACCGUUUGAAUAUCUCCAUUUCUGAUAGCAAAUGGCAUACUUUCAAAAUGGAGAGUAAUGACUCAGUCACUACACUCAUGCUUGACAAAAAACACAUCAAAAGCAUCACGCAUCCCACUCAGUGGGUGGGUGGGAUUGAGAUCUCCACCUUAUCUUUGGGGCAGGCACCGUUACUGCAGUUUGGCAAUCCAAAUGAACAAGGUUUUAAAGGAUGCAUCAAAGUAUUCAAAUUCAAUAAUCAUGUGAUGCCAUUUACCGGAUCAAAUGAUUUAGUUGAAGUACGGCCAAGUGACAGCUCAGUACAGAUUGGAUGCAGAAGGCCUAAUGUCUGCUUAAACAACCCCUGUCCAAAUGGAAUGAAAGGCAUUGAUUUAUGGCUUGCAUAUGAGUGUCUUCUAGUUUCCUGUUUUUCUGACCCAUGUAAGCAUGAUAGUACAUGUCUUCCUUCCUCAGAUAGCACAUAUCACUGCAUUUGCAAACAAGAUUUUACUGAGUUCUGUUCACCAACAAUUAUUGACCAUGCAGCCUGUCAGAAAGGCAAUAUUCAAUUGCCACAAUGGAGCAUAGCAGUAAUCAUACUUGCUACUCUAGCAGUAAUACCUCUGAUAGCUUUGUUCAUCAAAUGUCUGUAUAUUACUUUGAAAAGUAAGAGAACAAAAAUAAUUGCAUCUGUCCAAGCAGUUACUGAAAAAAUGUCUGAUGGUCAUAAUGAUGAUGUUGAUAAUGAUCUUGACAAUGCAGGAAAGCAGCCAGAUAUCCUCAAGGCAGAAAACAGUUACCAUAUCAUAGAUGAAACAUAUAUUACUGUCACAAGCAUGGAGCAGAAUAAGAAAAGCAAUGGUCAAGGUUAUGACUUAGAGGUCAAUGACAUUGAUAAUGCAACCAGUUUGACUUCUUCAGAUUUUGAUGUAAUUAAGUACCACAGGCAGAUCCAGACCAACAAUGAUGAUUAUAAUAAUGUAAUUCUACAUGGAAGCAUGCAGAAUAAAUCUCAACCAUUUGUGGCUCUUGUGAAUCAAAGAAACAUCCAAUGUCUUGCAAGUCAACAAAGUGCUGUAGGUCACAAUCAAGGACCAAGAAAUGGAUUUACAAAUCAACAGUUAACUCAAAUGUGCUCAUCAGAAUGGUUUCCUUCAUCAGUCUUAUUUACAGAGCGAAAGCAUUUAAUAAAUGAUCUUUAUUUGACUGACUAUGAAACAGACCAUUUCCAACAUGGCCAUUUUGACAGCAAGCAAUCAAGCAAAGGAGGUAUUGAUAACUUGGCUUUUUGUGGAGAUGAUCAAAUUGAAAGUUUACCAGCUGCAUCAAUAUUAAUGUCCAGCUCUAGACCCAGCAGGAGAAUGAUCCAGAUAGUUGAGAGACUUCCACUUGGUCUGUCUGUGGAAGAGAUAAAAAGAUUGAAUGCACCAACAAUUCAUAAAGUGGUAGAGAACACUAAUCAAAUAAUUUCACUGUCACAAAUUCCACAAAGACCGUCAGCCCAGAAACACCAUCCAGGGAUCCUUCCUUCCACAUCAUCAGACACUUCAUCUGAUAGUGAUUCCCAUAGUUCUUUUACUUGUUCAGAGUAUAACUAUGAAAGGGAACUUCCAGCAUGCAGUCGUUCAUCUGUGCACAAAUAUGCUCAACAAGAUUCAAAGAGAAAUAUUAUUGAGAAUGAAAAGAUGUUAAACGAAAGGGAGAUAGGAUUAGAAGGACAUGAAAAAUGGUAUGCGUCCGACACAUGUUUAAUAGGGACUGAAAUUGCUACUGAGGAGGAUUCAGAUAACAACAUGCGACCGUGUGAUGAUUCCCCUGUUAAUAAAACAGACAACUGGGGUGAUAUUUUAAACUGGGGACCAAGAUUUGAAAUAUAUAUUGAGAUAUUCAAGGACCUUGCUGAGCUUCCAAGUGAACCGGGGAGUGAAAAUCAAUUUUCCACUGCUGGAGGGAGUGAGCAUGAAGAAUUUUUGUGAGACUUUAUUUCUAAAUCAUUUUAUGGAGCAAUUUCUAUAUUUUUUAGUGCUUCUCAUGGCUGCAUUUACUAGCAAUGUUCUGUUCAUUGAAAAUUUCGCAAAUUGUUUUAAUAUGGCUUUGUGCAUAGGUUUUGUGUGUGAAAGAACAGUAACAUUUCAUAGUUUGCAAGUUAAAACCGAUUAGCUCAUAUUCCAUUGUUAUUUGCUCCAUUACAAAAUGUAAACAGCUUUCACGGUUUAGGAUAUUUACUUAUUAUCUCGUCUCCUUCCAUCUCAGCAAAGCGAUAAAUAGGCAGUCAAGUUAUGGAUUCUAUUAUCAUAAGAAAAGUGCCAUUUUGUCAACAAUGUGAAUAAGACUUUAAAAAGUGUAUCAUUUUCAGUGGAUUUAUUUUCCAAUGUAAUAUCAGGUGAAGUAUUUCCCCUGAUCAACAGCUUGGAGGUUGAAGCCUUUUCUGCCAAUUUGCCAUUUCCUGAAAAGAAUCUUACUAAAUUUUCUAACAAGGAUUGACCUUUCCUGUAAUCCACCCGCUAAGUGCCAGCUUGUUUAUAAUGAUGUGAUUAUCAUCCCUCUUGCCUGUCCUUCUCCUUCUAUG